AUGGUUGUUAAAGGAUUUAUUCUUGAACGAUCUGGGAUAAGCAACUUGAUUUAUAGAGAUUCCCAACAGAAUGUUUAUAGAGUGUUUUGUUCAUGGGAAGCUUACAAUUUAUGUUCACUGUCUAUCUUUGGAGUUCUAAUGGAAGAUUUAACGCAAGAAAAUGACAAGGUUCAAGGAAAAGGUACUGAAAAAUAUGAGAAAUGGACGUCGGAAGAAAGCAAUGAGCUUUUAAAACUCAUCGUUGAUGCUGCCACACGUGGUUGGCGUGAUAGUAAUGGUCUGUUGAGCAAGAUAACCGUAGAAAAACAUAUACUUUCUCAUCUUAACCAAAAACUUGGGAUUGAAAAGACUUAUGCCCAAUGGGAUCAUGUGAUGAAGAAAUUCACUGUGAGUGAUGAAGUAUGGGACGAUUACUUUAUGUCACAUCCUGAAGAUAAAAGUUAUUGCACAGACACUUUUCCAGACAAUGAGGAUUUGAGAAUUUUAGUUGGAAGUGGGACGGCUAUUGGAACAAACUCAAUUGCAUUAGGGGAUGAUACUGAUGCAAGAACUUUUUAUACUGAAGAAAGAAGAGUUAGUGACAGUUUAAUAGACGACUUCAUGUAUGAUCCUGAUACUGAAACAUUUAUAGUAACCGAUAAGCAAGAUUUUAUAAGUUCAGAGGUUUCCCCACCAAUUCGAAAACGAAGUAGAACAGAAUUUGAAGCGAAAUCUAGUUCGUUUGAGCCCAAAAGCACUCAAUUAGACAUUAUAGACAAACUUGCUAGUACAGUUGGCAAGAUCACUCAAGCAAUUGAAUCAAUUGACACCAGAGAGCCUAAUUGUUGGAACAUUAUCAAAGAGAUUCAAAACUUGGAUGAUGAUGAUCGUUUUAAGGUCCUUGAUUUGCUUAAUACAAAUGUUGACACAUAA